AUGGGUAAGAUCGUGCUCGAGAAUCUGGCAAAAGUGCCUGGAUGUCUGCGCGAGUCUAUAACGCGCUCCAAGGCGGAGUACCGAAGGCUGGGAAAUUCGGGGCUCAGAGUAUCAAAUCCCAUUCUCGGCGGAUUGACUUUGGGUAGCUCUCGCUGGCUUCCCUGGGUUUUGGAUGAGGACAAGGCCCUUGGUAUCCUGAAGGCAGCAUAUGAUCGCGGCAUAAAUACAUGGGACACUGCGAACGUUUACUCAAAUGGCGAGUCCGAAAGGAUCAUAGGGCAGGCCCUUCAGAAAUACAAGAUUCCCCGCCAGAAAGUCAUCAUCAUGACCAAGUGCUAUCGGGUUCUUUGUGACCCUGAAAACCAUGAUCCAGGUUCUAUGGUCACCAUGCAUCAUGAGCUGGCAGAUUCCAGCAAGGAUUACGUGAACCAAUGGGGUAGGUCGAAUGGCGCUUCCCUCCCCAAUAAUGCAGAACCCCGCAUACUUAUUUCAUACCAAGGAUUAUCACGUACUGCCAUCUUCAAGGCGGUUGAAGGCUCGCUGCGCCGGUUAGAUACCAGUUAUAUCGAUGUCCUUCAGAUCCAUCGCUUUGAUCCCACUGUCCCACCGGAAGAAACCAUGCGCGCCUUGGAUGACUUGGUAAGGUCUGGCAUGGUCCGCUACAUUGGUGCCAGCUCGAUGUGGACAUAUCAAUUUGCCACCUUGCAGCACAUUGCGGAGAAGAAUGGGUGGACCAAGUUUAUCUCGAUGCAAAAUCAUUAUAAUCUACUGUAUCGGGAAGAAGAGCGAGAGAUGAACCCAUUCUGCAAUUUGACUGGGGUUGGGCUCACACCGUGGGCUGCAUUGGCAUCGGGGAGGUUAGCCCGGGACCCAAUGGGGAAGACAAGUUCCAUCCGGGCUGAGUGGAGCGCUCGUGGAUCCAUGUAUGACAAUGGAGGCGACAAUAUUGAUGGAAUUGUUGGAAGGGUACGAGAGAUUGCUUUAAAUAGAGAUUGGCCGAUGAGCCACGUGAGUUUGGCCUGGCUGAAUCGGCGGGUCACAGCACCCAUCAUUGGGUUUAGCUCGAGUAAUCGCAUGGAUGAGGCUCUGGAUGCGCGGGGCAAACAGCUUUCCGAGGAGGAAGAGCGCUAUUUGGAAGAACUAUAUCUUCCCAGAGCUAUACAAGGGCAUGAAUGA